AUGUUUUCCCGGCGUUUUAGUAAGCGUAUGGUAUUUCCCUUUAGAAUACCAAAAUAUUUUGUGUCUAAUAUGGAAGUCCCAUUGCAGGCAUCAGUUACUAGUGGAGCAUCGAAGUUUUUGCUUUAUGGCAGCAGCAUAGCAUGUGGCACUAUCAUUGGGUUUUAUUUUAUGAAUUCGAGGUCGGCUAUCCAUGAAUAUGUGCUAUGUCCUCUUCUCAGGCUUGUCACACCAGAUGGUGAAAAUGGACACAGAAUGGGCAUUUGGUUCUUGAAGUGGGGACUGGCUCCAAGGCUAUUGUUCGAUAAGGAUGAUAAGGUAUUAGCUGUAGAUGUAUUUGGAACGAGAAUGACUAAUCCGAUUGGCUGUGCUGCUGGUUUGGAUAAGGAUGCUGAGGCCAUUGACGGAAUUUCACACAGUGGGUUUGGUUAUGUUGAAGUUGGUACUGUUACCCCACUAUCUCAGCCAGGGAACCCGAAACCAAGGUUUUUUAGACUACCUCAGGACGAAGCUGUCAUCAACAGAUAUGGGUUCAACUCUUCUGGUCACAAUGUGGUCUUUGGCAAUAUUACUGAACGUGUUAAUAGGUUCAUAAAGUCAUACUUCAGAGACCAGGAAGUCGACACUUUGGCACUAUACAAAAAUAAGUUGUUAGGUAUUAAUUUGGGCAAGAACAAGGAUGGAGAUGAGGUUAAGGACUUUGUAAAAGGCGUGGAAAAGUUUCAAGCACUAGCAGAUGUUUUAGUUAUCAACGUAUCCUCUCCAAACACGCCAGGUUUAAGAGACCUGCAACAUGAGGGCAAGUUAGUUGAACUCCUGUCACAGGUUGUUGCUAAAAGAGAUUCUUUGAUCGACCAGGGCAAUGCAUUGGGGGCCAAAACUCACAAACCCCCUGUGCUGGUCAAGAUUGCCCCCGAUUUGACCGAACCUGAGUUACAAUCUGUUGCGGAAGCUGCAAAGAAAUCCAAGGUUGAUGGUAUCAUUGUUUCAAACACUACAAUCCAGCGACCAGACACCCUGUAUACAAAAGAGGAGACAAUAAAUAACCAAGCUGGUGGUCUUUCUGGAAAGCCAUUGAAGCCAUUUUCGUUACAGGCAUUAAGAACAAUUUCUAAAUACACAAAAGACUCUGGAUUGAUUUUGGUUGGUUGCGGAGGUAUUUCCUCGGGCCAAGAUGCUAUCGAAUUUGCAAAAGCUGGGGCUACAUUUGUCCAGUUAUACACUUCAUAUGCCUACAGAGGUCCUGGUGUAGUUGCUAGAAUCAAGGAUGAAGUUACUGAACAAUUGAAGAUGGAAGGCAAAACAUGGAUGCAAAUUAUUGGAGAGGAUAACAUUUAA